AUGUUUACCAUCCUGACCACAUGGGUAACAUGCUACAUAAUGUUUGCUCGUCCUGACUGGCCAAUGGGCCGUGAAUGGGCUCUUCGUGAAGCACAUUUAGAAAUUGCAAGACGAGAAAAAGCAGGAUUACCUCUCAUCAGUCCAGACCUCCUUCCUAGGGACCCGCGUUAUGGCCUCAUUGCCUUCUGA